ACCAUCAUCAUCAUCAUCAUCAAGAUAAGAACAACGUGCCGGUCGAGGUCCAAAACAACGGUGACAACAGCAAGAUUCUCGCGCCUCUUCGCAACAAGAUGAAAGUAUUGAAGAAGCUCAAACGCAAAAUGGGCUUAGAUGCUCUACUGCCCCCCAGGAGCAUUCACCGUGGUUUUUAUGGAACAAACGUUGAGACACCGACGACGAAGCCAUUCUUCGAUCAUCGAGCUUUCGUCUGGCAGCGAGCUGGCUUCUUUCUCUCUUUCUUUCUUUCUCUCUCUCUCUCCCAUCCCUUUUCUUUCAUGCUUCAGUGUCAUCGUACUCCGCAUAUUAAGACAUUUUCCUUUUUAAACCGUUUCAUAUUACUUGUUGUUGUAUAAUAGAAUUAAAAAAAAAAAAAAAGGAAGAAGAAAGGAAGAAAAAGAAACAAGAGCUUUUGCGAUCACCUUUUUUUUAUCUUCAAUUUUAAUUGACUUUCAAGUGACCAUACAUGAUUCGUUUCAAUGGAUGACUCAUUUUUAGGAGCGCGAGUGAAGGGUCGUAACGACUCGCGAAGAGACACGAAUCCCUAGGAACCCUACACCCUCGCGUAUACGUAUUACUCUCGGGACUUGAGACUGCUCUAGACUUUAAUGGAACAAAUGUUGCGAGACCGAAUCCCUUUUUCGACUAUGAUCAAAUAACAACCGAGUAAAGUUCUCUGCUUUUAAAGCAAUCCUAACACUCUUUCGUUUACUCGUAAAAUAAGCGAUAAACCAUCUUAACUAGCUAGUAUCCCGAACGUUCUGGUAAAAGAAAAUCAUGCUAGGCAAUUAAGGAUUUCCUGGAUUGAAAUAUACUUUACGCUUUUACGAUCACUCAAUCAUUCUUUCUUUUUUCUUUCUCUUUUUCUUAUUCUUCUACUACUACUUCUUCUUCUUCUUCUUCUUCUUCUUCUUCUUCUACUUUUUUUUUCUAACAGCGCGAUGAAAAAUACUACGAUUGAUAUUUCCACGAGACUCGAUAAUUGGCAGUAUUUAUCUCAAAAGUUUUAUAUUUAUGAGAAUGGGAAACAUUGAAACUCGAAACAACACGCCAUUAUAAAACUUUCCGUUUCGUUUACGAAUUUUUCAAAUAGAUAAAAGCGUUGCAAUAUUUCCUUUUUUUAUCGAUAACGAAAUCGAAUGUUAAAAAUCAUUAUUUUAUCUUAUAUCAGAAAUCAUAUUUUUACGAGAAAGACGAAAAGACGAACAUUUUCUCCGGUGACGUUUCACUCUCUCUCUCUCUCUCUCUCCUUCUCUCUGUCUCUUUUGACAUAAGAAUCAUUUCAGUAGCAAAAUAACGUAUUCAAGUCGUUAUAAAAAUCAUCGACCUAGUGUUCCACCUAAUUUCUCGCUCGUUAUACGAAACAUCCUUUCCGCCUACCUAAUCUACUACGAAAUGCGAAAUGAAAGACGAGAAGAAGGAAGGACGACCCACGCGUAAUUUAGAUAGAGAAAGAACAUGGCGCCUCAAUGAAGAAGUCAAUGGCUGAAUGGAGAAUGGACGAUGAUUUAAUUGUCGAGAGUGUCAAAGUUCAAACGGUAACCGUGACGUGACCCUUCGUUAGAAUCACACUUUCUCAUCCCUUUUAUCACCACCCACGUAUCGUUCAAAGCAACGUCCAUUAUUACUUCUAAUCGCAGGAAGUUUGUCAAUAAUAACGUAUGCACAGUUGCCUCAAUUAGCUCGAUUUUGCUCGAAUAAAGAGCUGGGUCACUCGAUGAUCAUCGUUGUCAUAAUGAUCAUUAACCAUUCAUUAAAAUUGAUCGAUAGAUCGUUCUAAAAAGGAUUUCAUUGAUAUUAAGAAAAGUUUACUUUCUCGGAGAGUACAGUCGAAUAAAGGACUUAAUUGCUAUCGUUAAUUGACUUAACGAUCUUAUUCUCUUAUUCUUCCUCCCAUCUUUAUUCAUAAAGUUAGCAAACAGGCCAAUUUCAUUAUACAACGAGAAGGUAGUUAAUAACAAUUAAGAUAAAUCAAGUACACAGAGUACAUAGACAUUUGUAUUUCUUUUUAUUCAUUCUGAUUGUUUAUCAGUGAAGCUUUUUAUAUCGAAUCUCGAAAGAUUCUCUCAUCGAUCGUUGAACGAAGCAAAGCGAGAUACUAAUUUCAAGAAAUUCCUCGAAGGCCACGUGUGGUGAGCCGCGAAAGUGCUCGUUUUGCGAUAAACCAACGUCGUUCGAGUAAACGCGAAUGAAAACGGCCGACAUUAUCGUCUAGUCGAGGUAAACAUCAACUUCCUUCGAUUUCUUCGUUGCCGAUCGAAAGGGGAACGAUCACGAUGGAGAUUCAGGAAUAGAGAACGAUUUCAGGAUCACUCAUUUCGUAAUUUUGAAGUUGGUAAUUACGGUAUCGGUUGUAUAAAAUUGACCAUAGUAUUUCAAUAUUCGAUGAACGAGCAAACUAUCGCGAAUGCAAAUUUCGUCUGUUGGUUAGGGAUCGCGAAGAAACGAUGUCGUAAUCGGGAAUUUCGGUGUAAACUUCAUUCGACUUUCCGGCGUUUCUUCGACUUGAUUUAUGUAUCUUCGCGUUGAUCGUCUUCUGUGAAUCGUCAGAGUUUCGAAACUUCUCGAAAACUGGGAUGUAAACAACCAGAGAGAAAUUUCAACUUGGUUUCCGUCCGAGAUCGCUUUUCUAACUUCGUGUCGUUGUCUCUCGUCGUUGUCUCUCGUUGAAUGAGUUUCAAAAAGAAAUGUGCAGAGUUUAUUCGGUGAAUACGCAUUCGAGAGAGAGAGAGAGAAAGAGUCUUCAACGUUAAUCGAACGCACUCGAGGUCGUCCUUCUUGAUAACGCACGAGUAAUUCGAUCGGUGGACACGUCGACGACAUUAACGAGACCUCUCCCAUGCAUUACCACAUACAUACAGAUAUCUAGCUAUACGUAGACAAAUUUCCAUAGACUCUUCUUGCUCAUUGUUCGGUGAAAAUCGCAUAGGUUUCUCUUUAGGAAAGAACGGCCACACGAUUAACCGUGAUUUCACCUUAAUGGUCCACCUUGGUAACCUCUUCGAGCUUCAACAAGCCUUUUAAUAAAGUCUACUUGCCUAUCUGAACGAACUAUCCCGCUUAUUUGCCUUAUAAUUCAUAUCGAAAGAAAUUGCAUGGUAUCAUCUUUUAUUUCCGAUCGUGCGUACUCGAGACUACUUCCGUUUCGAAUUUACGAGUGGAACGAAUCUUUCGUAUAGAGUCGAUAGAAAGUUCGAAAGUAGAUCUAAGGAUAAAUUAAUAAAUAUUUUUAGACAAAUUAGUUUUAUACAAAUAAGACAUCUUCCUGAAAUUAUUUUUCUUUAUAUUUCAUGAAUCAUUAAAAUUUGCAUCGUUAUGUAAAACGGAAAGGUAUUUGUCGCGUCGUAAAGAAUUUUAUUUCAAAUCUAUUUAUUUUUUCUCGCGGAACUACGAAUUAUACGAGAGUGAUCGAUUUUAUAGGGAAACGCGAAUGGAUCCAUCUGCCAUUAAUAUCCUGAGGGGAGAAACCGACCGUUCCUUGAUCCCUUCCUGUCGCGAGAAUACAGAUCUCUCUCUCUCACUCUCUCUCUCUCUCUCUCUCUCUUAUUUUCUCUUAUGUAGGAUAGCUUGGAGCCGUUCGUGGGAAUUCACAUGCAAAUUGAAGCAAGCACCCAGAUCGUCGAGUGCAGGUACCAACAAUUUACCACCUCUGACCUUCCAUCAGGUGCACGGUGACAAUAUUCGACUUUGUAAUGGCGGGACCAUCGCCAGGAGGCACGAGAGCUUCUGCAAGGGAGUCACAUUUAGUGCAAGACCGGUCCGAGUCGGUGAGAAGGUAUGCGUGAAGUUCUUGGAAAUCUCGGAUAAUUGGAGUGGUGUUAUACGUUUCGGCUUUACCAGCAACGAUCCUAUCAAUUUAAGAAGCGGUCUUCCAAGGUACGCUUGCCCCGACCUAACGAACAAGCCUGGCUACUGGGCCAAGGCACUAGCCGAGAGGUUCGCCGAACCGGACACUGUUCUCUUUUAUUACGUCACAUCCGCCGGAGACGUUCACUUCGGCGUUAAUGGGGAAGAAAAGGGUCUCUUCUUUACCGGCGUCGAAACUCGUAGCCCAUUGUGGGCGAUCAUCGACGUCUACGGCAACAGCACUGCCAUCGAGUUCGUCGAUCCCAAUAGACAACAUUUUAAUAAUAUCAGACGAGGUGCAGAGCAUAGCAACGAAGACAAUGCGCAGCACAGCAGGCACUCGGCGAUGGACGAUGCUAGCAACGCUGGCAGGGACGUCGAGAGAAUCAUCGUUCCAUCCAUGCAGAGCAUGUCGAUCCAUCAUGAGCCUGACGUCGAGCUGCCUGGACUCAGGUUUCAACCAGCCGGUGUCAUCUUUACUCCAUUGCCCUUCCAUCAUACCCGCGGCAGGAACAUCCGCUUCAGUAAUCAACAGUGCGUGGCAACGCGCACCGACACGGAAUUCUGUCACGGCUACGCCUUCACCGGACGGCCGUUGCUACUAGGUGAGCGACUGGUCGUGCAGAUCCUAGCGACGGAACCGAUGUACGUCGGAGCACUCGCUUUGGGUCUGACCUCUUGCGAUCCAGCUCGCUUGACAGCCGAAGACCUACCAGACGAUAGUGAUCUCUUGUUGGAUCGUCCAGAAUACUGGGUCGUGUCGAAGGACGUAGCUUCGAGUCCGCAGCCUGGCGAUGAAAUUGCCUUCACUGUCACUCACUAUGGCGAGGUUCAAAUGAGCAAGAACGGGGGACCACCCAAUGUGGUCAUGCAUGUAGAUCAGAGUCUCCAACUCUGGGCGUUCGUGGACGUCUACGGUAGUACGCAACGCGUGAGAAUGCUCGCGAGCAGGCCCACUUCUCCGCCGAGGCAACGUCAGAGCAAUCCUUCCCCAGCGACUAUCAUUCAACAGCAGCAACAACAGCAACAACAACAUUCGAACCAUAGCAACGCAGCUACCGAACUCUCGAGAUUCUCCGAAAUGGUCCAGUUCAAGCCAACCGUCGGUGGUGGCACGGUACUCGUCGUGAAUCUCCCACCCCAAGGUGGUUACCCAGCACCACCACCGCCUACACCACAACCGAUUUAUGCGUCCGCCGCUCACAGAAACUCAGCAGCAACGGUAUCUCAUCUACCGACGUCUUCAGCAGCACCCGUACCUCAUCCUGGAUCCUCUAGACAAUCCUCACCACCGCUCACCGGCACGAUGACCAGUACAGGUUCCUCGACCUAUGUCGAUCCGGUGACUUAUCAAAGUCUUGACGGUACUCUCACGUCGCAAGCAUCCUCUCAUCUUCAACAAUGGAGCGAAGGUCUUCAGCCAACGCCAGGUCAACCAAGCGAGUGUUCCAUUUGCUACGAGAGGAGUAUCGACAGUGUCCUAUACAUGUGUGGUCACAUGUGCAUGUGUUAUCCUUGCGCCAUUCAACAGUGGCGCGGCAAGGGUGGCGGUCAUUGCCCUCUCUGUCGUGCACCCAUCAAGGAUGUUAUUCGUAUUUAUAGGUCCUGAACGCCGGCACCGCGUCGAUGUCGUGCUAAAGACAGGUCCAGAAACUGAAAAGGCAAACUGCGGCUACGGACACGACGAUGAUAUUCGCCUCUCGCGGUUGUUCUCGUCUUAUUGAGAUCAGGGAUUUGGCCACGUCGAUCUUGGAAGAUGAUCGUCCUCUUCCGUGAUCGGCAUUAAAUGUGGUCCUCUUUUACGUCUUUUCCUACUGCCGAUAGUGCGUACUACUAUUUUGAUUUUAUUUCGAUUGCACUGCAACGAGAGAGAGAGAGAGAGAGAGAGAGAAGAGAAAAAGAGCGAGAAAGACAGGAUUAGCAAGAGGGGUUCCGAAAUGCAGAAAAUAAUAUUGAAAAAGAAAGAAAUGAUGCGAAAAAGAGAUCGAUGAUUUCGGUAUAAUGAAAAAUAUCAAAUUAAGACGUCAAACAGACGUUGCCGCUUUCCUGUUCAAUCUGCGGAAAUGUGCUUCCAUAGCGCGAUCACUGCCUUCAUCGUUACCGACUCAACGAGGCGAGAACGCAAGAUAACUUUGCUGCUGCUCCUACUGCUUUUUCUUCUGAGAAAUGAGAAAAAGACAAAAAGUAAUACGGAGAGGAGAGACGGUACAAUGACCUGUGUGAUCUGUUUUCUUCUCUCUUAUCAAGUUAUCCGAUUGUAUCGGAAAUUCUCUUUCCUAGCAGCAUAUCGGUACCCUUCGCAAUCUGUUCGUGUGAUUUUUAAAGUGCGGACGAGUAUAUGCGUUUUGCUUGUGGCUUCAAGAACAAGAGGAGAAAGAGAGAAAAAAGAAAGUGAGCGAGGGUGCUUCUCCAUUGGUGGAUACUUUUUAUGUAUUUGCGUUAUUUAGCGAAUGUCGUCAGUUAUUGCUAAUUACUAAUAUUAAUUAUUAUUAUUAUUAUUAAGAUUAUUAUUAUUAAUUAUUAUUAUUAUUAUUAUUAUUAUUAUUAUUAUUAUUAUUAUUAUUAUUAUUAUUAUUAUUAUUAUUAUUAUUAUUAUUAUAAGAUAAUGUCACUAUUCGCUCUAUCGCUAUUACUACUGCUAUUAUUUUUACUCUUCGGUUAUCAAUGUUAUUCUUACUUUUCUUUUACAACCUUCUUUAUGGAUCAUCGAUAUAUCUUUGCUUGAAGUAGCGUGUGUUAGCGAUUUUUUUUUUUUUUAUCGUGACCAUCAUUAGGACGGUCGCAACGAUUCGCGUUCGUUAACGUUCUCACAUCAUGACGUCGUAGUAGAUGUUUUUUCUUUUUUUUUUUUUUUUCUUUUUUUUUUCUUUUCAUUUAUAUAUUAUACUCAAUGUUGUUUGCGUCUCGAAUUCGAGGGUACCUUCGCGUUGUUUGGUAUCGAUAUAAGAAUUAUCGAAAAAUAAAAAAACGUAAGAGUACUCCGAAAGAUUCGACUCGUUCAUUUACACAUUUACUUUUUUGUUUCUCUUUUUUAACUUGAACAUUACGUUAGAUUAACCAAAGAAACAUCAACGUGCUCGACGUCUUCCCCUAUUUUAUUUUAUUUCUAAUUAUUAUCUUUUACUUGACUUCCUUGUUUCUUUUUUUUUUUUUUUUACUUUUUUUCCUUCUUUAUAGUUUACGUUUAAAACUAUCAACGUUCGAAGGAUAGCGUGAUUUCAUUCUAAUUCUUUUUCUGUCAUUCGAAUCUAUCCUUCACUACAUUGUCUUGAAAAUUAGAUUAUCCAAAUUUAUUUCUCCCUCUUUCUCUUUCUUUCUCUUUUUCUCCAUCUCUCUCUCUUUCUCUCUUUUUCUUUUUCUCCAUCUCUCUCUUUCUCUCUUUCUGUCUCUCUCUCUCUCUCUCUCUCUCUCUCUCUCGUGGAAUAACAAUAAUCGAUAGAGUUUCGUAGAAUCAUGCGAUUACUUCUUCCCGUUUUGAAAGCAUUGAAUGAAAAAAACAAAAAAAUCAGAAUAUCUGUAAAUUAAUUUUUAAGAAACAAUAACCAAUCUUACGAUUAUGUUAAAAGAAAAAAAAAGGGAAGAAGAAAAAAAAAUAAAAAUUUUUAAUGCGACGGAAGUUGAAUCGAUCCUCGAAGAUAUUCGAUUCAAGUUCCGUCGCGUCACGACGACGUAUCCCCACGUAAAGAUCACUUUAUUUUCAUAUAUAUACAUCUCAAUCUCGGGGAGGGGGAAGCGUUGGGAAUUGACGAUGAUAACGAUAACAUGAUUAUGAUGAUGAUAAUGAUUAUGAUGAUUAUGAUGAUGAUGAUGAUGAUGAUGAUGAUGAUGAUGAAGAUAAUGAAGAUGAUGACAAUGAUGAUGAUGAUAAUGAUGAUUAUAACGAUGAUGAUGAUGAUGAUGAUGAUGACAAUGAUGAAAAUGAUAAAGAUGAUGAUGAUAAUGAUAAUGAUGACGAUGAUAAUGAUGAUGAUGAUAUGAUGACGAUGACAAGGAUGAUAAUGAUGAUAAUGAUGAUGAUGAUAAUGAUAAUGAUAAAAGAUAGAGGACAGCCAAUCUGUUUUUUCUCUUCACCGGUCCUCGAUGGACGCAGCCACGAAUGAUUAUCGAAAUCCUUUUUGCGAGAGACGAGCGUCUUCGAGGCCGUGCCUUAAACAAAGCGAAGUUCGCGCUUGUAGAAAUUCUUUUCUUUUCUUUUUUUUUUUUUAUACAAUAUAUAUAGAUAUAUAGAUAUAUAUUUAAACAAACACAUAGAUGAAAAAUUCUUAAAUGAAAUUCGUUUCGAGUUCCAAACUGUGAGUUGGAAAUUCGAUGUACAUCGCUGAAGAAAAUCUAUUCGAAAAUCUUUCCAAAAAGGAAACAAUCAAGAUCUGCGAGGAAAAAAAAUGGAGAGUAGAAGAGAGAAAGGAGAGAAGGUAAUUAAAGAAAGAAAUGAAGGAAGACAAAAAUACGAAAAGAUGAAAAUACAAAAAGGGGAGUGAGAAUGGUAGGAGGGUUGGUAACAAACGCACAUGUGCAAGAACGAUGUAAAUGAGAAGGAGAAAUUUCUUUCGAGAUAUAUCGUAGAACGAAUGCGCAAUAAAAGCAGUAGUGAAAUCUCUAGUCCAGCGAGCGGCAGCUUUAUUCGCCUGCCAAUCCAAAAAAUGAUGAAAAGAACGACGUAAGAUUUUAUUGUAAGCGGUAAAGAAAGAAAGAGAAGAAGAGAGAAACAGAGAGAGGAAAAAAGAGAAAGAGAGAGAGAGAGAGAGAGAGAGAGAAAGAAUGUGUGUAAAAGACGAAGAAAGAAGAAUAGUAAGUGUUUAUGUGUGUAUGUAUGUAUGUGAUCUAUGUAUGUAUGUAUUCUGUGCGUAUGUGAAUCUAUGUGAAAAUGAAAUACAAGAAUAAGGAAACAAGAUUGAUAGAGAAAGAGAUAAAAAGAGAGUUUGUAAGAAGUCGAAAAGAUAAAGAUGAAAGAGAAAAAAAAAAAGGAAGAUUGAUUGAUCGAUAGAAAGGCUUAAAUAUUUGCAAAAUGUCGAUGGUAUCCUCGGCGUAAUAAAAGAAAAGCAAAGCAAAGAAAAGAAAAAAAAAUUAAACGAAAAUAGAGCAGGCGGCGCUUUUUAAAGAUUUCUAUUAUUAGAAGAUAUGGUAUAAACGCGAUAGAAAGUUUAAUUAUCGUUCGUCGCGCGAACGCGUUCGUACGAGGGGAAUGGCGAUGCGCAACUAAGAGUUUAUAAAGAAGCUAUCUUUCUAGAUUAUAUACGUUGUCGAGGAAGUGAGUUAUAAGCGGAAGGUGUUAAGUUGAAAAACUUGGUGGAGAAAUGUUCCCAAAAAUUCGCUGAUAAAGAAAAAUAAAAAAAAAAAAUAGCUAAGAGUAUCGUCUAAGGAAACAGAGGCAGGGUUUAGUUGCGUGGGAGGAUUUACUCGGUAAUGAUAUUUACUAUUAAGCACUAUCAUCGUCUUUAUUAUUAUUUUUUUUUAUUUUUAUUAUUAUUAUUAUUAUUAUUAUUAUUAUUAUUAUUAUUAUUAUUAUUAUUAUUAUUAUCAUUACUAUUAUUAUUAUUAUUAUUAUUAUUAUUAUUAUUAUUAUCAUUAUUAUUAUCAUUAUCAUUAUUGUUAUUAUCAUUAUUAUUAUUAUUAUUAUUAUUAUUAUUAUUAUUAUUAUUAUUAUUAUUAUUAUUAUUAUUAUUAUUAUCGCCAGUAAACGUUAUUGUCGUCAUCCUCUUGUCAGCAUAUCACCGUAUACCGAUUUAAUGAUUCGUCUUUUUUCCACUAUAGUCAAUACACAGCCACACACACACACACACAAAAUACACAAUACAUAUAUUUUAUUUUAAUUUUCAUCUAUGCAAAAGGAGAAAGAAAAACAAAUAUAAAGAUAAAAGAAACGUGGAUUUUCGAGCGUAAGAACGUCGAGAUGAUAGACCUAGCAUCGUUUUCGAUCCUCGAUAUAAAAUUUGUAUGUCAAAAUUCUGCGACGACAUAUCACACGAUACGCACAUAACAUACACACAAACACAUACAUAUUUGUAUCUAAUACGUUCUCGACAAACAUUUUCCUACGUCUCUCUUUCCACGUUGCAUACGCAUAUACAUAGGCACUUUGUUUCUGUCAUUUUCCUCUUUUUUCUUUCUCUUUCCAAGGAAAAAAAAAAGUAAAAUCCGUGCUCGAUUUUUUACGUCUGUUUUUUAGAGGAAUGGUAAGGGAGAGCGUGUACGAGAAGAGAUAAUGAUUUAAGCACGCAGACACACAAGAAAUAAAAAAAAGGAUGUUAUAUGUACGAUAUAAGAGUUUUUUGGAAAAAAAAAAGCUACGUGUAACGAUGCCGAUAAAAGUUUAUACAUAUGUAAUAUAAUUCUACGCAGCCGCGUGCUGUUCUACACAAUAAAGAGCCUGUAAUAUCUCUAAA